AUGGGCUUCACUUCACCAUUGUCGACCUGGAGUUUGGGACAGCAAUUAGGUCUUGCAUUGGUUAUCUUGACGCUUGCCCUCGUGUCAGUCGUUAUCUAUGGCUGCUUCUUGCAUCCUCUCCGCCACGUUCCUGGCCCAUUUCUGGCCAAAUUCUCUCCGCUAUGGAUUAUGAGGGCUCUGCACCGCAUGCGAUUUAACUCGGAACUGCAAGCUCUCCAUCAACAAUACGGAAACGUCGUGCGAAUCGGACCCAACGAAGUCUCAUUUGCUUCACUUGAAGCAGAAACAGCAAUUUACGCGAAACAAGAGGACGGUCGCUUUUCCAAGGCUGGGACCUUCUUGACGCUUUUCUCGGACCUCGUACUGAACGCUCCGACCCUCAUUACCAUACCCGACCCUGUACUUCACAGGAAGUUGCACAAGGUGAUCCAGCAAGCCUUCACCCCUCAAGCGCUUGCAAGGCAAGAACCUAUCCAGAAGCUGCAUAUUGACAUGGCCAUGUCCGAAUUGGAAGAACUUGCCAAGAGCGGCGGUACCGUGGACAUUGCUGACACAUUGGAGACGAUGUUCUGGGAGAUCAUUGGUGAUCUUGCUUUCGGUGAACCUCUCAUGUCUGGAAAGCGUCCUACUUACGAGUCAUUGAAGCAGCUUGGUAAAUCAACGAUGCCCAUGGUCGAAGCCUUGAGCUUUUUCCUCGCCCUGCCUGGGAUUGCUUCAGUAUUUGGGAUUGCUAGAAGCCUCAUCACAGUAUUGCCGUUUCCGUCGCAAGUCUCCAAGCUUGUGCCAUCUUCUAAGUUGCGCGACUGCGCCGAAAGGCAAGACGGAAGAGAAGACUUCCUCACCGCUAUCAUGGGCAGCGAGAAGCAAGACCUGACGCUCGACGCGGAUGCAUUCUUCAGUAAUGCCAUGGGCCUGACCCUGGCCGGAUACCAGACAACAGCUACGACACUGGCCGCCACUUUCUACCACAUCUUGCGCUAUCCUGAGGCGUAUAACAGACUUUGCUUCGAGAUCCGCUCGGCCUUUGUCAGUGACGAAGAAAUCACAGGAGCGCGCCUUGGCAGGCUGCCAUUCCUGAACGCCUGUAUCCGGGAAACCCUGAGGUUGCUUCCACCCGCAAACGGCAAAACGGCACAGCGUACUGCUCCCUCAUGCACCAUUAAUGGGGUGCACAUCCCUGCCGGUACCACGGUCUCCGCUGAUCUUUACACAAUCCAAAGGUCGUCGGAGUAUUUCGCAGAUCCCGCCACGUUCCGCCCCGAGAGAUGGCUCGAUGUUGCGGAAGAUAGCGAGUUCAAGAGGGACAACAGGGCCGCUUAUCGUCCUUUCCUCAUUGGAAGUAGGGCAUGUAUCGGCAGGGAGAUGGCGCAGCAGAGCAUCCGACUUAUUGUUGGAAACUUGCUUUGGAAAUACGACUUUCAACAGCUGGAUCAGGACGGGUUUGUUUGGGAGCGCGACGCCGGCAGUAGCCUCAUUUACACGGACUACAAGGUCAUGGUACAUGUGAUGAAAGCCAGCGGCAGAUCAUAA